AUGGUGAGAAACGGCAACGUCGACGCUGGUGACCUGAUCACGUGUCCGAGCUGUGACCUGAGGAGGGUUUACGGGAAGUGGAGGCGUUUCUGCUUAAACUUGAGGUGGAAAGUCCCUCUGUCUGAAACGGAAAAUCUUAAGGCACAGCAGAGGCCCACAAGAGGAAAGAGACACGGAGCUCGUCGACUGGUUGAAACAUUUGACUCUUUACCUGAUUUCACUUCUAAAAACAUAAACGUGUUAAACAGCACGAGAAUUGCCGUCCUGGGAAAAACUGGAGUUGGGAAAAGCAGCGUGGCUAACACCAUAUUUGGAGGACAAGGGUUCACGAUCGGACACACUGUGAACUCUGAAACCAAAAAAUGUCAAGCAGUAACUAAAUCUGUCAAUGGAGGAAACAUCACUUUGAUUGACACUCCUGGUGUCUUCGACACAGAUCGAUCUGAGGAGGAGCUGAAGUCUGAUAUAGUGAGGUGCAGCACAGAGUUCGCUCCUGGGCCUCAUGCCUUUCUCAUUGUGCUCAAAGUGGAGAGAUUCACAAAGCACGAGCAGGCUGCCAUCAUUGAAAUACAUCAAUACUUUUCUGAAGAAGUUUUCAAGUAUGCAACAGUCCUCUUUACUCAUGGUGACCAACUCCCUGAAGGAGAGACCAUUAAGGAAUUCAUCCAUGAUAAUAAGCUUGUGAGUGAUCUGGUGACAAAGUGUGGAGGCCGCUGCCACGUCAUUGAUAAUAAAUACUGGAAGAACAACCAGCAGGAUGAAUACAGGAACAACCAGGUCCAGGUGAAGGAGCUCCUCAAGACCAUAGAUAAGAUGGUUGAGGAAAACGAAGGAAGAUGCUACACCAAUGAGAUGCUACAAGCAGUGGAGGAAAGAAUAAUGCAGGAGAUGCAACUCAUUAAACAGACAGCAGGAAACAAGUCAGAGGGAGAGAUCAGAGAGGAGGCUAAAGAGAACGUAUUUACGUGGCUUUGGAACAAAGUGUCUGGUUUCUUAUCAUUUGUAUUGUUGGGAGCUUUUUUUGGUCUAGCAUUGAUGGGGAAAGCCGUUAUCAAAGCUUUAAAAGGAUAAGCUGCAAUGACAAAAAUCACAGUGGGAAGGGCAGUUGGUGCUGCUCUAGGAGGAGCGAUGCAAGGAGCUAUUAAAGGACACAAUGCAUCUGAGGGAGCAAACUCACCAGGCGAAGCAGCAACAAACCCUAACCCUGUCUUAUUGGGUUUUAUUUACUAAUAUGAAACAUGGCUUUUGAAAACUACAACCAUAGGAAGUGUGAUCUUAAAGUGUAAUUUACUUUUUAUUCAUAUGAUUUAUCCUGAUUUAAGUGUAUUUCUCUUUGAUGAUUUACAAUGUCUUUCUUUUUAUUGUGCUUAGAGUGUGUCAUAUAUCACUAUAUUGUUCACAACAACUCAGUGCUGGUUCCGACUCCGACUGCCAGGAACCUCGGUGUGACGCUCGACAGUCAACUCUCCCUGACUGCCAACAUUACCGCAAUAACACG